AAGAAAAUGGUUGUGCCAAUAGAACGAGUGUCGCGUGCAGAAAAGCCCAAAAAAUACAUCGGCAACAACCUGAACGUGAGCUUGAUCAGCAACAGGACCGGCCUUCAUAUAACCGGAAACAACUGCAACGUGAAAAUAAGUGAAAACAGCGCCCCAAUCAAAAUAAUAGGCGACAAUUGCCAAUUAACAGUCCUAAAUGGCAGAGGCAGUAUAGAGUACAUCGGGAAUUGCGGGAAAAUCAACUUGGGCCCACAAGUGUCAGAAGACGUGUUGAGUUACAUUGGCAACGAGGGAGAAAUCUCUACCGUCAGUUUCGCAGAGGACUUUAAAAAGUGCGAUGCCCGAGAAUCUAACCCCAGCCCUAAAAACAAUAGGGAAGGAAGUAGAGUGAAAUGUGGCAACAUGGCGGAAUCCAAGGCCAGGAUUAGUGUGUGUAAUUCUAAUGUGAUCAGGAUAACGACGUCCUGUAUACCGGACAGCAUCAACAUCUGUAUUCCUAGCAUCAGGAUCGGUGGAAAGAGGCAUUGUCAUAGUCAUAUUAGUCAUAAACAUUAGUGACGAAUUUUGUGUUUCCGUAUCAGUAUUUGCAGUUUCAGGACUAUGAAUAGUAUGAAUUAUGUCCUUUAGUCCCGCCAGACAGGGAUUUAAGUGACUGAGUCAAUCCAUUAACAUUAAUGUUCCUAUUUUAGCUAAGUGACUUUAUUAAUCCAAAGAAAGCUAACAAAAUAAUCAACUGAUAGUAAAUUCAAAUUGUAUCUGGCAGAUUUUAUGGUAUAUAAAAUUAAGUUUUUGAACUAGGUGAAUGAGAACAUGUUUGAAAUUGCUAUAGCUGUCCUAAUUUUCUUGUUUUAGAGAAGUAUUUCUUUGGGACAUUGUGGUAUUGCCUGUAUAUUUCAGUUCAACUGAAUGAAGUUAUUUUUAAAGUUAGGUAUUUUAUUUUCUUGCCGUAAACUGAAUAGUUCCUGUUGAAUAUCACCCAUAUGUUGUACAUAGUAUUUAUUUGUAUUUAUUAUCUACUUAUUUUGAAUGAAUACCUCCAGGUCAUUAUUUUGAUUUCAUGAAAAGACUGAAAUACACAUAAUGUUCUCCUUA